ACCUCUAUCCUAUGGAAAUUUCUAGUUUCUGUUUCGUCAAUUGAUAGUGUUUGUGGUUCGUUUGUGUGUCAGUAAGUAAACAAUCGAAUUGCUGUUGAAUGUCAUUGUGUUUCUCUAAAGUGAAAGCUUGAGAAAUCGUACUGAGGUCCUUUUAAUUUUGCUUUAUAGUUUAGAAAAGAAAGAGUUUGGAAUGGCUGAGAAAACAGGGUAUCACCAAGUACCACCUCAAGGUCCCCCACCACAAGGUCCCCCACCAUAUGGUCCAGCUGAACCACCUCCUGCCUAUACCACAGGACCAUAUAUGGCAGGCGAAGGAUAUCCAUAUAUGAAUGCUCCGCCACCCCAACAUUAUGCAGGUUACCAGGCUCCUCCAACAGUUGUUAUUGGUGCCCCCACAACAGCUGGUGGACCUCCUACAGUUGUAACUGUUGUGAAAGUUGGCCAAUGGGGCCCUUACCCAAUGCAGGUGGGCUGCCCUCAAUGUGGAGCCAGGAUUAUGACAGAAACCACUGCUAGUCCAGGGCUGCUCACUUGGUUACUUUCGGGAGCUCUUGUCUUCGUCGGCUGCUGGUUAGGUUGUUGCCUCAUUCCAUGCUGCAUUCCUGAAUGCCAAGAUAUAGAACAUCGUUGUCCUAAUUGCAAGGCCCACUUGGGUACUUUCCGUCGCUUGUGAACAAAUCUCAAUUCUGUAUAUGGGAAGUUUAUAUUGUGUUUGUCUGUCUGUUCUAUAUAUAGCUUUUUAAUGAGGAACAUGUUCUUAGUUAACACAAUUAUUUUAAUCAUUAGAAAUUAUAUAUACAUUCCCGAUAUUCGGAGAGAGUAUUUUUACGAUUUAGAGGAAUACUGCUGGUAUCUUAGUUUCACUACUAAAGGCAUCCAUCAAUCAAAUUAUGAGCAUAUUUUUCCACUUUUCUAAACCUUUCACUGCUGACAUUCACAGAAAAAUUUCCGAUUAUAUACUACAUUUAUUUGAUUUUUUAUCGAGCUUUAUUCUAUUGAAAUCAAAGUUAACAUGGACCCCUUGUUUCUUCAUCCUUUUUUCUUUUCUGCAUGUAUGAAAUUGUUAAAUAAUUAAAAAUAUAAUGAUUGUUAGAGGGUAUAAUAAUAUUUUAUUGAAAUCUGUUUUAUGUAUAUAUAUGUAUGGAUCUCUGUUGAAUUUUUUCAGUUUUAUGAAGCUUAUAAUAAAAAUGUGUGAUUGAAAAUGUGAUACUUGUUUUGUUUUUUCCUCCUGUAGAACCACCAUUAUAGUAAUAUGUAUAUAUACUUGGUAUGUGUAAUAUUUUGUCUGCUAUUUCAUCUAGUUAAUAUUUCUUUCUAUUUUUCCUAGUGUGGUUUUCUUUUUGUGGAAUUGGGAUUAUGUAAAAAAUGCUAUUUAUGAAAUAUAAUACAAGCUUGUGUGUUUUAUCUAUUUUCUUUAUAUUUUAUUGGUAUAUGCAACUUAUAUUGUUCAAGAAUAUAAGACUUGAUUUGGGUAGUUAUUUACAACCCCCCCCCCUCUUUUCCUGUAGAUUAAAAAAUAAAGUUUCAUUUUCAUUUAA